CCUACUCUCCCUCACCCGCUGCCACCCUCUGUGUGUGUCUCUCUCCUUCACCCACCGCCCCCUACCCUGCUGCCUGCUCCACAGUGUAGGUGAGAUGAUGCUUGCCGCACAGCACCUCCCUUCCGCGCUGCCGGGCCUCCACCCUCUCACCUGCGGGCAUCUCCGUCGGCGGGAAUGAGACCACCGGCAAGAGCAGGGCGUGAAGGCUCUGCGACCGGCUCACUGCUGGACGCGAAGCCAUCUUCGUGGCCGAUGGAGGCUGCCUCGAGCAGGGGCCGACGACGCCGUACUCGGCAGUAAGCCCCGGCAUCGUCCUCCUCUCCGGUCGCCCAUCGGCGCCAUCGCCCGAUCUCCCUCGACCGCAGCUGCUGGAUUCGCCCUCAUCGGCAGGAAGCCCCUUCGUCUUCUACCUCUCCGACUGCACGGCGCCUCGAUUGUCCGAUCUACCCCGGACCUCGCCUGCCCUACCUCCAACCGUCAAUCCAUCCACGGUGACCACGAGCAACGCCUCUGUUCAGUUCCUCCUCCUAAGACUACUCUAUGUUGACGAAGUCCUGCUGGUCCUCACCACGACCUCACAUCCUACAGAUCCAUGAAGGAUGAUACAGAAGCCUUAGUUGAUAUAGCAAACACAAGUUUUUGUGGAUGCUGUCAUUUAAGAUUUAGAUGGAAGACUUUCCAUGUGCGCUCUGUUGCUGGUAGAAAUAUGUUUUCUUGUGAUGUACUCCCUCCAUCCCAUUUUAGGAGGCGUACUACUCACUACUCAAAUGUUCAUGUCCGUUUAGCAGCCGUAGUACUCCUUUUACACUUCGCUUCCGAAAAUACCCCCACUUCUGGUCCCACGCGAGCUGCUCGCAUGCAUGCGUAAUGAUUUCAACUUUCCUUCCGGAGGCCCUCUCUUGCCUUCCCCAUGCAUGCUGCGUCCCAUCAACUUCUCCAGCCCCAUGAUUCCAUCUCCUUCCUUCUCACGGGUCAUAGCCAUCCAGUACUUCUUCCUCCUUCGGUUCUUUUCCACAGCCAUGCCCAUGGAGCUCGCGGAUUCGCUCGACGCCGUGCAAGCGCAGCUGCAGCACCUUGAUGUUGUGCAGGAGCACCGUGCAAGAGCAGAUGCAGCGCCUCCACGCCGAGCGCGCGCAGCGACUGGAUGCCAUGCGGGAGAGGCUGAACCGCCUCAACGCUGUGCAGGAACAGCUACAUCACCUCCACGCCGUGCGCCUGUAGGAGCUCGACGCCGCGCGGGAGCAGAAGGGCCACCUCGACGCCAUUCAAGAGAUGCUGCAGCACCUCGUCACCAUGCGCGCUCAGCAUGUCGACGCCAUAAAGGCACUGCCCGCCGGAGCAGUGCUGGUGGAGCUGCUGGGCGUCGAGGCGGUGCAUGCUCAGCACUCCGACGGCGUUGAGCAGCAGCUGCUCAACGCUGAAGCUGUGCAUGCGCUGCCUCCUGGUGCGGUGCUUGCUCAGCCACUGCUCGACGUCGAAGCCGUGCUUCCCGGCGAGUCCCAGCAAGUCAAGGACGAGCCAGUCGUGCUCCCCGGCGAGUCCCAACAGAUCGACCAUGGGCCUGUACGGGACGAGUUCGCGAUUCUCGCCAGCCAUGGCGACCUAAUUGCGGAGGACUCGUACGAAGAAGACGAGGAAGAGAACACCAUUGUGAAGAAGAAGCUUAAGGUGCCGCAGUCCAACGAUGUUGGGUCCGUCAACUCCCUAGCAGGUGAGAGAGGUGAGACAUUCUUGCCCACCUUUAAAGAUGAGAAAAAGGAUGAAAUGUUUCCUCCUUUGGGAACUUUCCUCCAUUUCAUGAACCCUCACGCAUUUGCUCGAGAUGGAAGCAUAAUUCCUCGAAAACAAGAGUAAUUUAGAUUGAGUACAAGGUUGAAUGAGUAGUUGAAUGUUAUGCAUGUUUGUUUCAUCUGGAUACUCUUAUGUACUCCUAUUUUGUGUGCACUCUUAAUGGACUGUAUUGUGUGUGUGUACUCUUACUGGAGUAUGUAUGUUUGUUUGAAUCUCCUAUUCUGAUUUUCUUGAGUUUA